UUCUGCGGUACGCUGAGACGUGACUUUGCACCAUAAAUCGAUGUGCCUAGUAGCUUUUAAAAAUAAAUAAACUAAGCACACUUCCUAUCAACAGUUUGCUAAUAACUUACAUCCCAAUACUCCGCACGGGACCGUGGUAAUUUGGAGUUUACGAGGAGCUAUGAAGGCAGCAGAACCCCCGUCACAGCCUUCCGCGGGAAAUUUGGACGAUUUCUUACUUAUUUGGAUUAUAAACAUAACCUCAGCGUUAUAGCUAUAACACAUUGUAAAGCACAACCUUAAUGUUAGUGGACGUUGCUGGUACAGCCAACAUAAUAAAAUGCUCUAUCGUUACGUCCUCAUAAUUGAGGACAUAUUAAUACAGGAACACACCGGAGGAAAGGUGAAAAAUAAUAAAAGCUAGACAUAGCUACUCAAAUGGAGCAGCAAGCCAUGUAAAUCACUGAGAACAUUGUUGCCUGGUGACCGGAAGCUGUACUACAACAACACUGACGUAGAAGCAAAGAGCCCCACAGUCAAAGAAGAAAGGACUAAGUUUGGAAGAGAAGAGAACUCGCAUGAUGGAGAUUUUCUUUGAAACGAAAGAUGUGUUUCAGCUGAAAGACAUUGAGAAGAUCGCUCCUAAGACAAAGGGAAUAACUCCCAUGUCUGUGAAGGACGUGCUGCAGAGCCUGGUGGAUGACAACAUGGUGGACUGUGAAAGAGUGGGUACGUCCAACUACUACUGGGCCUUUCCCAGCAAAGCCCUGCACGCUCGCAAGAAAAAACUGGAGGAGCUGCAAAGUCAGAUUUCUGAAGCAAAGCAGCGGAAAGUGUCCGCAGAGAAAGCGGUUGAAAAAGCGAAAGUAGGACGUGAAGAUACAAAGGAGAGAAGCUCUCUGCUGAAGGAGCUGCAGGCUCUAAAAGAGGAGCGAACUCAGCUGCAGGCCGAGUUGGACAAGUACAGGGAAUGUGACCCAGAAGUCGUUGAGGAGAUGAGAAAGUCAAAUGUUGUAGCAAAAGAAGCUGUUUCCAGAUGGACAGACAAUGUUUUCGCCAUAAAGUCAUGGACAAAGAAGAAGUUCUCUUUUGAUGACAGCCACAUUAAUAAAGCCUUUGGGAUUCCUGAAGACUUUGACUACAUGGACUGACUGCCAGCUUUUCUACCAGAGUGCAUGGUCAAAGUGCAAAAUAAGUGUUUAAGCUUUCAGUUUGAGGCAAGUAUACCUUAUCUCAGCAGUUCUAGUUAUGUUCUGUGUAGUAACGUGAAAGGCAUAUGUAUGGCCUUGUGUAGGCUUUGAAUAAGGCCAGAUUUUAGUAAUUUUGCUGUGGCAGAUGGAAUUUAUCAGCUGAUAUGUUGCAUUGGUGCAACCAGAAAAGAAAUGCUAUCACUAGUGGCUGUGAAGGGUGAGGGGGUUCUGUGAUGAACACAACUUAGCAGCCUGAGUUUUGGGACACCUGUUUGCAUGAAAACUGAGAGCCCCAAAAUGAUGAUGGAAAAGAAUUAACACUUAACACAUCUGUGCAGCCAAUGAUCUAAUGCAUAUGGUUUAAACAGACGGUUUGGAAUCAAAUGCUUGUGCUCUUUUUCCUACCUUUUUAUUUUUGCUGAAAGAAAAAAGAAACUUUUGAGCAACAUCUAGUCCUCUAUUUUUCACAAAGUGCACUGGGACUGACGGGAGAAUUGAAUUACAGACGACAUGUUUAGGAUUUGUUAUGUGUGCAAGUGCUGUAAAUAUUUAAAGUACAUUUACUUAUUGCAGAAGCUCUUUUCUCGUGGUGCAAAUAAAAUGUCCCUUUGAGUUAAAAAGCCGUUGUUUGCAAUUUUAUGGAUUCUAAAACUUAGCGUGCCGUGUACAAAUGUAUUUACACCAGGCCUUCUAUCUUUUGUGCUUUCAUUACUUUAGAAAUUGUCACUGAAACAUUGCAAGAUCUGUCACAAAAUCACUUUUUUUUCCCAGAGCUGAACAAACAAGUAACACUGUUGUCAUGACAUGUCCAGAAUGACUAUUGCCCUGCUUAUUUUCCUCUCUUUCUCUCUGUCAAACCAGAUGCAAAACAGUUAGUUGUGUGUUCCAUGUUUUACUCAAUGACCUAGUUGACAAGCAAUGUGUCAGGGGUUUGUUGAUUUAAAUUGCAAAUGUACUCGCCUGGUCUUACUCAUCACUUUUCUUUCCAGUAGAUGAAUGCUUUGCAGACAUAUUGUUCUGUUGUUUCGUGACUUGCUUUUUAUUUUUAGUGUUUCUUAAUGCAUGCUAUUUAAAAAUAAAAAAAUAAAAAGUUUAUCUCUAAGCCAUUAAAAAAGAAAAUGAUAG